CUUUUUGCACGGCAAAAGACUUGGUUAGGUUUCUCUUGAUCUCUGUCACCGAUGGGAUAGAUCAGGAGGAUGGGGCCAAGUAGGGCCAGUAAGAGAGUGCGAGAGGACGACACGGUUGUUAAUUUCUGGAGUGAGGAUGAUGAUUCUGGCAGCUAUCUUUCCGUUAAGCUGCAGUCCGGGCAGCCUCUGAAGGAAAGAGGGUGGCCAUGGAUUCAGAUGUGUGUCCGUGGGAUUCUAGGAUCCAAAGACAAAGUGGACAAAGCAAACUUUUUGAAUGAUGGUAGAUUACUACUUAAAACCAAAGACAGUGCCCAAACCGAGAAACUAUUGAAGGUGUGUAAGUUCGGAGAUGAGGCGUGUGUGAUCGAGAAGGAUGAAAAGCUAAACCAGAGCCGGGGGACAAUCAAUGCCCCUGAUCUCAUGGGCCUUCCUGAGGAUGAAAUCGUUGGUUGGUUGUCCAGCUUCGGGGUGGUUGCCGCCCGUCGAUUCACUCGGAGAGUGGGCAAUCACACGGAGAAAACCCCCAUCAUUCUACUGACAUUUGACAGGCCCACAUGUCCUUCCAGACUUGAAUUUGACUAUGUGGUAUACCAGGUUCGCCAACACAUUCCCAACCCACUUAUAUGCCUGCAAUGUGGGAAGUACGGCCAUAUGCAGGCAAGGUGUCAGGUUGAGGCAGUGUGCCUUAAGUGUGGUGAGCAGAAGCACGAGGGCACAUGUUCCCAAACAUGCAUCCACUGUGGCGAUGGCACACAUGACUGUCUUUCCCGGCAAUGCCCCAAGUGGAAAAAAGAGAAAGCUAUUUGUGAAAUCAAAGUCACCAGGGAUGUUUCCUACGCCCAUGCGCGUCGAUUGUAUGACAAGGAAAAUCAAACCCCAAACAUUAGGCCCUUCACCACAGUGGUGCGGGGCAACAGUGUCAGUGAUACUCCGUCUGAUCCAUCCCUCAAAGCACAAGUGAGCACUAUCGAACAGAAACUGGACAAAAUGAUCACCCUCUUUGACAGGUUCUUACAGCUCCAGACAGGACCAGGGAGGAGUGAUGUCAGUGCACGAGAGGAAAACCAAAGAGGGCAGGGAACCCCGGUCUCUGGACAACCCCCUACUCCAGCAGCUACAGCCCCCAGGCCUUCGGUGCAACCCAAUAUUGACCAAGACAGUGAACAACAAAGGCCCUCCGAGAUGAUGGACUCUCAGGCUCUAACCAUCUCCACCAUGUCCCACUCGGAUACAGCCCAGGAUGUCCCUCAGAACAAUCCUGACACAAUGGACUCGCAGGCUGUAACAGGUGGUUCCCAGGAAUCCCUGUUCUCAAUGACGGGUUCCCCACCCUCUGCAGUGCCGGACCCGGAACCCCUGACUGAACCAUUGACCGAUGAUUGGGACACAACCUCACAGCAGAGUGCCAGGCAGAGUUGGAACCCACAGGAACCCCAGUGUUCUGAGGCAAAGCUAACUCCUGAACACUCCAAGGAUAGACACAGGGAAUCUUCAUCUCCUGGAUGGCUAGGAGGACUCUCCGACGAGAGUGUCUCCCCAUCCCCUCCAAUAGGACUCAGGCGACAGGGAGGCAGUGCAGGAAGGGGCCGGCGUAUGCCGAGCCUCACCAGGAAGCCCCCCGCCCCUACCUAGUUCAGAGGGAGAGAGAAAGGAGAGAGAGGUAGAGAGGCAGGAAUUUACAGAAGGCAACUUUUUUUUCUUCUUUUCUUCUCUUUCUCUUUCUUUUCCUUUUCUUUUUUGGUGACAGGGGCCUGCUGUGGCAGGGCCCGUGAUCUUGGUGUAACUAGUGAGCAUUUAUGGUGUUAAACAUACUACAAUGGAAUGCCCGUGGCCUGAUUGGCAAAUGGGCUGAGGCUAAACAUAUGUUUACAUGUGAUCCAUAUGAGGUGAUAUGUGUCCAGGAGACCCAUUUCAUCCAAAACGAUAAAUAUUCUUUCCACAUCCCCUACUGUACAGAAUACAGUGACUUUGCUCCACAAGGUGACAGGCGGGGCGGUGUCACUAUAUAUGUGUCUGACAGGCUGCCUCACCGUAGGCUUCAUAUACAAUCCACGUUACAAGCGGUAGCUUGCACGAUUCGGGUGAACGAUCGGAGCAUAACCAUGUGUUCCUUGUAUUUGCCACCUAAUGACCCAUUCUCAUUCCAGGAUUUAGCACACCUGCUCUCUCAGCUCCCUACCCCAUAUCUUAUUUGCACUGAUGCGAAUAGUAAGCACUACUUGUGGGGCUCAGAUCGCUGUGACCCUCGAGGUAUAAUUUGGAUGGAUGUUGUGAAUUACCAUGAUCUUCGCAUUCUCAAUGACGGCCAGCCGACUCGACUGGAUGAAGCCACUGGUGCAGAGUCCCAUAUUGACCUGACCCUGGUUUCCAGUGAAAUUGCUCACCUGUUUGACUGGACAACAGACAAGGACUUGCACGGCAGUGAUCAUUUCCCGAUACAUAUUCGUCAUUGCCAGUCUUACCCCUCCCCUAGUUUACCACCCAUAUUCACCGGGUGGAAUGUGAGGAAAGCUGAUUGGACGAUGUUUCAGAUGAGCUGCGAUCUACAAUUUGCUGACAGUUUGGGUCUCCAAAACUGUGCGAAUAUCACACAGACUAUCAUUGACACCGCGAUGACGUCUGUUCCUUCUGGCUUAAUCCUUCCCCGGCAAUUUCCUCCCCUGGCAUUUGUCCUUCCCUAGGUUUUUUCCUUUUCCGGCUACCCACAACCCUGCUUAGUUACCGCUUAGUACCUACCAACCCCGACACUACAUCGUGGAAGAUCGGACAGUUGAAUGCAAGAAACGAAGAAGUUGGACGCUAGGGCCUGACGGCUGCGCGCCCUAACCCACAAAGAAGAAGAA